AUUUCGACCUAUUAAAGGAAGGCAAGAAGAACUAAAAGAGGUGAUUGAACGUUUUAAGAAAGAUGAGCACUUAGAAAAAGCCUUCAAGUCCUUGACGUCAGGUGACUGGGCCCGGCACUAUUUUCUUAACAAGAACAAAAUGCAGGAAAGGUUGUUCAAGGAACAUGUAUUUAUUUAUUUACGAAUGUUCGCAACUGACAGUGGGUUUGAGAUACUGCCUUGUAAUCGGUAUUCUUCUGAGCAAAAUGGAGCCAAAAUUGUUGCAACGAAAGAAUGGAAACGAAAUGAUAAAAUAGAAUUACUUGUGGGCUGUAUUGCUGAACUAUCAGAAGUGGAAGAAAACAUGCUGCUGCGACAUGGGGAAAAUGACUUCAGUGUCAUGUAUUCCACACGGAAAAACUGUGCACAGCUGUGGCUUGGUCCUGCUGCAUUUAUCAAUCAUGAUUGCAGACCUAACUGUAAGUUUGUAUCAACGGGCAGGGAUACAGCAUGUGUGAAAGCUCUAAGAGACAUUGAACCUGGAGAAGAAAUCUCUUGUUACUAUGGAGAUGGAUUUUUUGGAGAAAAUAAUGAAUACUGCGAAUGCUACACCUGUGAAAG